AUACCAACGUCACAAAACUGAGAUAUACCCACUCCCACCCCCAACCACCAUUUUUUAACCCCUACAAAUUGUUUUGCGAAAAUAAUCAGCAGCCUCUGAAUCUACACAAAACGAAGUUUGAACAAUUUUUUUUCGUUUUUGGCAUUUUUCACUGCGGCCACUACAACGCGUUCUUGGUAUAGAUGUAACGUUGUGUGAAAAUAUUUUCCAAGGAUUGGAGGACAGACAUACAAACCGACAGACCUACAGAUCGACAGACAGACUGACGGAAAUAAGUGACAGUUUUUCUCACUUCCGAAAUUUUUCACGAUUACAAUACUGCCUCGGCAGUAUGUGUGGGAAGUAAAAAACAACACUUUGAGGUGACGAAAUAUUUUCGGGUAUCUCCGGUAGGUAAGCGGUCUAAUCGCAGAUUCUAUUGCCAGGGGAUGAUGUUGCUAUCUACGUGUACCUCUAGAUAAGAAUAAUUUGUAUUUGUUGAUCGGACUUUUAACUCGCCACAGCACGUGACGAUGAAUUUUCGGACCAAAUUUUAAGUCGUCGUGAGGUCUUAGGCAGGGGCGCCUGCAGACAUUUUUCUAAGGGGCACAGAUCAUCGAUAAAAGAUUUUUUUGUGUGUGCACUAAACAUUUUUUGAUGAGCAAGGAAGUGUGUCUGUUCCUGAAUCUUUUUGAAGAAUGGAGGAGGGUAGGAAAUUUUCUCAGGGGUGGAGAGGCAAAUCCUGAAAAUCCCCAAAACUUUACACCCAAUCAUGCUAAAUAUGCAAAUUUUAAGGUCCAGUCGGAUUCUUCGUGGGACAUGGACAGAACCCCACGUCACCAAACAUGGGUUACAAAAAAUGCAAAAGUCGUGCUGUCGAUAUGUAAACAAUGUCCACACAUCUCACAUGUAACACCGUCGAUGAUGUUAAAUACUACACAAUAAUUCGAAUUCGGUUUGAUUACAAGUCUCCAUUCCGGAAUAUCUUUUAGGAAAACUGGUUACUAGACGUGUUAUACAAAAUUAAAGUACCAGAUCUAAAUGCCGUCUCUGCAUGCCUCAGUACAUGUCAGACAUGUUUCAGCGCUUUUACAUAUAAUGCUGUAAAGCUUUUAAAUAUGUCAAGUCUCUUUUAACUUUUGAAAUCAGUCCAUUUAAAAUUAGGUUAGGUUAGUUUUUAAGACCAGGUUAAGUGUGAAUGGCCUUAGGUUCAAUAAAUACGUUAUUAUUAUCUUGGAGUUUGCGGAAAGAUCAGUCUCAGUAAUAAUCUAGUUUCUGUACCGGUGUGAUCUCAAAUCCAGAAUUGUCUCAUUUAUUUUUAAUUGAACAAAUUCGAAUAACCAAAAAUUUCUAGCUGCAUAAGAGAUAAUAAGAAAGAACCUGAUCCAUAUCUGAAGUAUCUAAAAUGAUGAUUGGUCUGUCAGGGAACCUCACAGAAUAAAAUAUACAUGUAAAUGCUUAUAAAGUAAAUGAUAACAGAACAAAGUGGAAUGGUAUCAUAUCCUCAUUAAACUCGUAACAGCGCAAAUAAAAUUUUGUUGCGCAAUCCGGUUUUGGUGGGACAAAAAUAAUUGAUGCGGUAAUGCACCUAUACAAUUUACAAUAUACAUACGAAAUUUCGCAAGAACAAGGUAUUUGAAAAAAAAAGUAUCUGAUCCGGAAGUCAGACAACCAAAGACGACAAACACCUGCAGGUCGUUCCUUCUCGGCACCAUUUUGAAAAUAAGGCUACGGAUACGUUUUACCAUUAUGUCAAAUAACAUGGAGAUCCCAACAGGCACUCCGGCACGGGUAUUACGUAUCUUGAAAAGUGACAUUUCGUCGGUUUUUUUGGCGUUUUUUAGGUUUCUUAAAUAAUACCCGUGGCGGUCUUUGUUCUUGAAUAAAAGCAACAACUGUAGUAAAAAUGUCAUGCUGGUUUAUAUUAUUCAGAUGCAGAAGUAUGGGAAAUAUUUUUUAUAAAUAAUAUUCUCCAAGUAUUCCCCCUCAACUAUCUCUAAAGGUGGUAAUUCUCAUAAUAUGUUCAGUAACAGUAACUCAGUAAUAAAGCAACUUUAGAAAUGCUGUGCAGGUUGUUUAAAUAGACUGUAUCCUCAGAGAAUUCUCAUAAUGAAUGUCAAAUGAGGAUUUGCCGCAAACCAGUACAAAUCACCAUUGUGAUAAAAAUUACGCGAUAAUCAGAAAUACUUGAAAAACAUUUAACUCGCCGUAAGUUAGGUAUUGCAACAACUUUGUAUAUUAUCAAAAAAAAAAACUUUUGAACUACACCCAAUGUUAAAUUCCCAGGUCCCUAAAUGACAAAUGCAUAACAUAAAAAGUCUAAUACACACAAAAAAUGCUCUUGGUUUAAGGAUUGUGACUUUGAUGUUUCUAAGACAUAAAUAUUUCUUUGAACUAAGGUCCAUUCUUUAAUUUUAAGAGCUAUAUUUCUUUGAAACAAAGAAACUUCCUCAUUUCAAGUAUCUAAGACUCGAACCACUGCCACAAUUCCAUAGAAACGCGUGUCCUUGAACCAAGAGCACUCUUUUCAAAUCUCAUUGACACUCCAGCUUGCCUAUAGGAAGAAUAUCCUCAAAACAUCGCACAAUAUCGCCAAUUGAUCUCAAUCGUUUUCUAGCACUCUCAAUGACGUGACUCUCAACACAACCAAGAGACAAAAUGAUUCCCAAACCGAUAAUCCUCACCUUGUUCCUACUUUCCUUGUCCCAUGCUCGUGUCCCUGAAAACCUCGUCCCCAUAGAUCGUUUGCGGUACGACUUCCUGGACUUGGAGGAAAGUCAAUGGCGGUACAUUUUGGACUACGUGGACAACAACAUAAAGGAAGCUGAAAUCGAUGUGAACGGACCAGAGGUCCAGCUUAUCAGGAGAUUUGAAGAGUUUGGGGAUAAAAUGCAGGCCGUAUAUCCUCACGACCUGGACUCUGGCUUAGACCACCUAGAGUCCGUGUGGCCCCUACAACUGGCCCUGGCCGAUCUGCGACCCGUCUACGCCCAAUACGAGACCUUCCGGAGGUUCCAACGACAGCAAACUGCUCCUGGGCGUAUCCCGGCGCCCAAAAGGGCCUGGACCGAUUUUGCCGAAGCCGUAUUACACGAUCCUCAAGGCGACUAUAGUGUGAACGAUGCUAUGGAAAGGGUCAACGCUAUCGUUAUCAGCGGGGGACUCUUCCAAGGAGUCAGACAGGAAGUGGAAGGCGACAUGAUUUGCGAUACGAAACAGUCUCCGCAACAAGUACUGUAUAACCUUUACAGUACUAUAACGUUGACGGAACUAAAGGGCUACUCGAUGAUACAGUUUUCGUAUAUGCUGCUCAGACUUUAUGGAGAAGGUAACUUCACAACGGAAGCCAGAACCAUGAGAAAACGGUACGAAGAAAGGGCAAACACGGCAAUCGAAAUCGUCAAACAGUCGAUGAGGAAUUCAUCUAGGCAACUAUGGAACUGCGAUCCGAAAAAACAUAUCAAAGAUGAGACAUACGUGCAAGUAACGCAACUCAUACAAGGCUACGUCCAAAAUGAAGUGGAUCUGAAUCCGGAGGGCACUUGUAGGGAAAACUGUGCUGAAUACACUUACACGAAAAGCCACGGUUGCUACAAGAACCUUUUCUGUCAGCAGCAAAAACGAUGCAAUGGAAAAAUUAUCAACUGCCACUUUUAUGAUUCUGAUAUGUGGAUAUGCCCUGCCGAUCCUUCUAGUGGUAGAAGAUACGAGUACAUAGAAUAUGAAAACGGUAGAGUUUUGGGAAGGAAGCAAGCUUGCACAAGAGGUACUACCAAAGUAGACAGCUGGUGGAGAUGGUUGUUCUGGCACUGUUCGUACUGCUUCUGCUACUGUGACGAACAAGGACCUAACUCAGAUAGAUACUUCAACAUGAGACCGGUACUUGCUAAUGCAGAAAACAAUAGCGUGGUGACAGGUUUACGAUUCGUCAAAACGAACAGAAUCAUCCACAUCCAAAUUCAAGAGGGUAAAUUGCAACCUAGAGGCAACAUUGAUCCAGAAACUGUCAAAUGGAAGCCAGUCGAAGAUUACAAGAUUACCGACAAAAAUAUACAAAGUGGUAAGGAUUACCACACGAUGUCGUGGGAGAAGAGAGCUUUGGACUUGGAUGACUUAGAGGGAGACGAAGGUUAUAUUUUGACAGGCGUUCGCUUUAAGGAAAUAGGAUCUCAUCUGAAUUUCGAAAUAUACCUCACGAAAUUCGAUUUUGAAACCGGAAAGUUGAUUCCGCAGUCCAGCAUCUGGAAGGACAAUCCCAAUACGGACUCGUCUAUCAAGAAUCCGAGGACUAAGGUGCGUCUGGACAGACCAGACAUUCCAAUAAGGUCACCUUCUCCCUCGAUACCGAACAGCCACCCUGACCAAUACAUAGAAUUCACCUAUACGGACAUUGACAGGGACGUGGCUCAGACUACAGUUCCGUUCUUAGAUGCCCAGAAGGUAGAAUCUCUACGUCCGGUGCCUUUAAGUGGAGCCGGGGUGUUCCACAAGGGUAGGGAGCAUUUUGGAGGAUUCGUAGCACCUAAGGUCAUCACAUAUGACUUUAGCAAGCAUCUAAAGGCUGCCUUUCCGGAAGAACAGAUCAAUUGAAGAAAGAGAGGAAUGGAUCGUACUGAGGAUGAUGAAUAAUCUGUUUUAAAUAUUAUAUCAUUGCAGAAAAGCUAGAAUAAACAUGAAUUCGUGCAAAAGAUGGAAUAUUCAAUGAUGCGGAUUGAGUAUGGAAAAAUAAGGACUGUUCCAUUAAAAGAAACUCAAAAAACAAACGUUCUUAAAAAUCACAUUAUGAAGCGCAUAAGGGCAUUUUGACUUGCUAACUCAACUUUUUAUUAUUAGUUUAGGUAUUUAAGAAUAUUGCAGUUGUAUGACAAAAAAGAUAUGAAUAAAUGUUCAUAAAGAGAAGUUUUACAUUCGUAACAUUACAAAAAUAUGUUUAUGUGGUGAUAUUUAAUGUCGAUUAUUCAAACUUUAGCUCCUAGCGAUCAACAUAGAUUUUUAGGAUUGUGUCAUACGAUAAUCUCAAUUUUUAUAUCAUUAUGAAUAAAUGAUUGAAAUAGAUUUUUUUCUGUGAUUUUAGUGUUUUACUCGUUCAUAUUUUUUACAAGUUUCAAGAGUUUUGGCUGAACAUAAAUGUAAUAAGUACGUAUUAGGCUUGAUGAGUAAUAAAACACAUCGUGAAGAUAAUUUAUUUAAUUUUAUGUAGAGAAUUAGGAAUAUUGGUUAGUUCAUUAAUUUGUAUACUGAUAACGCAAAGAUGUCAAGAGUUCAUUAUUUUAUUGACAAUUAUUUUUGCAGGAUUGUGUAAUAAACUUAUUCAAUAAAGAGGUAGUUUUCCGAGCAUUUUCAUUCCCUAGUUAGAUGUAAUCAAAACACUUGAAUCUAUACAAUUCUAUGACCGAUUUCAC